UCCCGAGGUGCUGGCUUUAGGAACAGAGGGUUCAAAAGUACUUCAUGUCAAUCAGUAAUUACAGUACGGCGCAAAUCCAACAUAUACAGGAUAACAAAGUACCAAACUGUGCAUAACCAUCCAUGCACAGCAAGUUUCAUGUCCAUUGAUGUAUCUAGACGUCGGUUAUCACCACAAGAAAUGGCAGUUAUACAACCGUUCAUUGAAAGGAAUACUGAUGUCCAUGAAGUAAUGGAUUUAGCGCAUGAUAAAUUUGGCAAAGCCCUGCUGUAUGAUGAUAUUAAAAACAUGCGGGCUAGGAUGUAUAAACGUAAGUCGUAUGAAAAUAAAUGGUGCAGUAGAAUAGAAAUCGGCAGUUUGGAAGACCUGCUUCAUCGACUAAGACAGACAGGUGCAGUUAGUGUUCUGCAUGACAACGCAGGCUUUGUAUCUAAAAUUAUUUUCGCUCGCAAUGAUAUGAUAGACUUGUAUCAUAAGUUUCCAGAAGUAGUUGGAAUUGAUUGUACCUAUAAAACGAAUAAGAUGGGAUGGCCUUUAUAUCAGUUUGUUGUGACUGAUGGAUUCGGAAGAGGAAGGACUGUUUUGUUUGCUCUGACUAGGAGAGAAAAGUUUGCAGAUAUCAAGGAGAUAUUGCAGACAUUUAAGAGAUUUAUGACUGAUACAUCAAAAACACUAACAUUCACUGUCGACUGUGCAACUGCACAGAUUAACGCUUUAAAGGAGGAAUUCCCUAGGUGCAGUAUUGUUUUAUGUCUUUUCCAUGUAUGCCAGGCAUUCCGAAGGAAGGUAAGCUGCAUUCCCAUUAACUACCUUAGCGAGAACAGUUCCCAAAUAAACUUGUUAAAAAGUGGUUGUAUCGAAUGGCGCACACGCGCAGUUACAACAGGUAGGUUAACAAAUCGGAAUUUAUUGCCAAAGGUUUUGGACUUAUCUAAAUAUCAUUAGUGUUAUAGACGCUGAGGCUGGUGCUUACAUUAGAGGGUACUGGCUAAGAACAAGGA